AUGGAUCAGGAGGACCUGAUGAAAUUUCAGAUUAGCAAAUAUUGCUCAGCCUUUGCCAGAAGCACAAACUUAGAAAUCAUAAUAAUGAAUUCUGCAGGUAAAUGUACUUAAAAUAGUUGGGGAUUAUGAUAAUCAUCUAUAAAAGUGUCUCAGGUUCUAAAAUCUUUCAAUAGCAUUUUUGUGUAAAAGCAUAUGUUAAUUAUAACAAGAAAUGCUAAUUUGAGAAUCCAGAAAUUUCAAAUCACAAUCAAUUUGUUCGAUGAGAAUUCGCAGUAGAUAUCUGAUACUUUGGUUGAUCUAUCAUUUAUUAUAAAACAACCUGGAACUUGGCUUAAUUCUUUUUAUGGAUUCCAGCACAGCUAUCUCCAACCAAUCUGGUAAAAAUUCUAUCUCCUUUAAUGAUUAAUAAUAACUAUUCAGGAUCCUCCUCUUUUUCUAGAUCCAGAAAUAAAAAUACCUAUUAAUCAAUCUCGAGUGAUUCAACCACGUAAUGGCAAAUUAAAGGUUGCUGUUAUUAAAGCAGAAAAAAUUAUAU